CCUGGAUCGUGCCUCUUUCCUUUCUCUUAAUCUGCUCGUCUGCUUGCUCUCGGAGAAAUGAAAGCCCUGGGGUUCGCCGUGGUUCUGGGCCUCUUGCUGGGGGCCUGGGCCCAGCACAAUGCACUUCAUCUGGAGUGCGACUCCGCUGAGGUAGAGGAGGUUGCUUUCUUUGCUCAGGAUUACAUCAACUCUCAGCAUGCUCGCGGCUACAAGUACGCACUCAACCAGAUCGAGCAUGCCCAGGUCUUCCCCAAGCCAAAUGGAGAGACCGCGUACCUCCUGGAGGUCGAUCUGCUGGAGACCAAUUGUCACGUGCUCGACCCAACACCGGUCAACAACUGCACCGUCAGGCCCAAAGCGUUGACGGCUGUGGAGGGAGACUGUGAUCUGGUGGUGACGAAGACUGGAGGAGCUUUGGCCGUGACGGUGUUCAAGUGCAAAACUGAAGAAUCAACAGAGGACCUGUGCCUGGGCUGCCCGAGCCUCCUUCCUCUGAACGACACCGCUGGGCUGGAGUUUGUCCAUUCUUCUCUGACGACAUUCAACAACAUGUCAGCAGACAAGUUUGUUAUCCUGGACCUCGGGCGCAUGUCGACGCAAGUUGUGUCUGGUGGUCCACUGUACCAUGCAGAGUAUGUUGUAGCCGAGGGUAACUGCACCGCUGGAGCCUGCGUGCCUCUCCAUGGUGACAUGGCUAAGCGUGGGUUCUGUACUGCCCGUGGCCGACAGGAUAAACACAGCGUGGACUGCAAUAUGUUCCCAGUGCAGGUGCCUGUUGCACAGCCACCAGCCAAUGGUACGGCGGAUAUGCCUGUUUUAUACCGCCCCCCAGUCUUUGUGCACGCCAUGAGUCCCACCUAUGGCCUGGGAUUUCACAAGCUGACCACUCACCAUGACCCCAGCAUGAGCGGCCUACUGUCUGCUGAGUCAGCAGAGUCGGCAGAAGUUGUCGCUGUUGUUCAAGUCGCAGAUGCUGCCCCACCCGUUGCUGCUGCCCCAGCCACAGAUGCUGCCCCACCGGUUGCUGCUGCCCCAGCUGCGGAUGCUGCACCAGCUGCAGACGCUGCGCCAGCUGCAGAUGCUGCCCCAGCUGUUGAUGCUGCCCCAGCUGCAGACGCUCCCCCAGCUGCAGAUGCUGCCCCAGCUGUUGAUGCUGUCCCAGCUGCAGAUGCUGCCCCAGCUGUUGACGCUGCCCCAGCUGCAGAUGUGGCACCAGAUGCGGACAAAAAGGCAGCCGAGGUGCCUUUAGUUGUCGUGAAAAGACAAGCUGAUACUGCACCAGUGUCUGUCCCGGUGGAUAUAGUCGCUCCGAAACCCUUGUGCCCGGGACGGAUCCGGUACUUCUAACCUUGCCUCCCAUUAUCAAUGGACUUUCACAGAUAUGAAAAUGGGGCUGUCAAUCUUAUUAUAGAACAAAGUAUUUUUUAUUGCUAAACAUCCAGAUCAAUAAAUAUGUUUUAAUUUUUUGGGGGGGACAUUGUUCACCCCUGUUGGUAAUUUCAGGAUACACUUUCAAUAAAGGGUUUAAUACUGA